UUGGAACGCUUCUUCACUUGCAGCUCUGUCCCACUGGGGGGCGGCUCACUCUGCCUCACGCAGCUCAACCCUACCUCUGCCACGGAGCCCAGCGCUUUAAAGCUGAACUCCCAGACCCCGAGGAGCUUUGUUUUUAAUAAGCGAUGGGGGACUAUGAUGCGGACACGGCGUUCCUCGGACAGACCGGUCCCUACUUCUGGACCACAUUCUUCCUCCUCAACACCGUUUUCGUGUCGACCGGCUUCAAUGGACUUUACAUGGUUUUUGUUGGAGCGGCUCCAAAACACCACUGCCUGGUUCCGGACGCCAACUUGACAGAGGAGUGGAGGCGAGCCGUCAUUCCCUCCACGGACGUGGACGGGGAGGAGGUCCAGAGCCAGUGCAGCAGAUACAGACUGGACGUGGUCAGGAACCUGUCAGCGGCCGGACUCAUUCCCGGGAAGGAUGUGGACCUGAGCGGCCUGGAGCAGGAGGGAUGUGUGGAUGGAUGGACGUACAGCACGGAGUUCUACCAGUCCAACAUCGUCACGGAGGUCGGUGUCGGUCCGAGUCGGCCGCCGGUGAGAGCGACGCGUCACUCCUCACUUUGUCUGUUUUCUCAGUGGGACCUCGUGUGCAGCAACCAGUGGAAAGUGCCCUUCGCGUCCUCCAGUCUUUUCGUGGGGUACCUCAUUGGAUCCCUGAUCUCAGGGCAGCUGUCUGACAGGUUUGGCAGGAAGAAGAUCGUCUUCAUCUCUCUGGGGGCCCAGUGCGUCGCCGUCCUCCUUCAGUCCUUCUCUCAUUCAUGGACCAUGUUCUGUGUCCUGUACCUCUUUGUUGGAGCCUCGCAGGUCUCCGUCUAUAUUUCUGCUUUCGUUCUAGGCACCGAGUUGCUGAGUCAGACCAUGCGGGUGCUGUUCACCACGCUGGGGGCCUUCCUCUUCUACUGCAUCGGGUACAUGACGCUGCCCUGGAUCGCGUUCGGCGUCAGGGCGUGGAGGACGCUGCUGGCCGUGCUGUCGGCGAUGUCGGUGGUCUACGUCCCCCUGUGGUGGUUCCUCCCGGAGUCUCCUCGCUGGCUGGUGUCCCAGGGGCGCGUGGCCGAGGCCGAGGCCGUGGUCCAGGAGGCGGCGCGGAAGAACAACGUGGAGGCGCCGCCCGUCAUCUUCAAAGAGUGCGAGCUGCGAGCGGCGCCGUCCGGCAAGAAGUACACGGUCGUGGACGUCCUGAGAUCCAGGAACAUGAGCUGCGUCACGCUGAUGUGCCUCCUUCUGUGGAUGGCCAUAAACAUCGGGUACUUCGGUUUGUCGCUGAACACCUCCAACCUGAGCGGAGACCCCUUCAUGAACUGCUUCCUGUCGGCUACGACCGAGGUUCCGGCCUACGUCGUGUCCACGUGGCUGCUGAAGAAAUGCCCCCGAAGAGCCCUCCUGUCGCUGUUCCUGCUCAUCGGCGGAGGGGUUCUGCUGCUCAUCCAGCUCAUCCCCGACACCCUUCAGUACGUUGCUCUGGCUCUGGAAAUGACGGGGAAGUUCGGCUUCACCAUGGGCUUCACCAUCAUCUACAUCUACACGGCGGAGCUCUACCCCACCGUGCUCCGGAACGUGGGCAUGGGGCUGUGCUCCUCCGCCGGGCGCGUUGGCAGCAUCACGGCCCCUUACGUCAUCUACCUGGGAACUUAUAAUAAGGUUCUUCCAUACGUUCUGAUGGGAAGUCUCACAAUCGCCGCCUCUGUGGUUAACGUCUUCCUUCCGGAGACCCUGAACAAAGAUCUUCCUGAAACUGUGGAGCAGAUGCAGGAAUGCCAGGGGUUUUGCAGCAGACCCACGAAGAAGAAGUGUGUUGAAAAUGGAGGGAGGAGCCCCUCGCCGCUGCAGCGCGGGUCCGAAUGCGACGCGCAGACGUCUCUGUAGGCGGAUGCUCCACUUGAACCAGUCUCCAAAAGCCUUAUUUUUCUACUCAGUUAAUUCAAUUUUUUAUAAAUGUUGCAGGAAUAAUGACGUUUUUAAUUUGUGUGUUGUGCAAAUACACGUUUGUGACAGAAAUCCAACCUGUGAUGAUAACUUUUAGUAAAAACAACUGAGUGAACUGC